AUGAAAGGCGAGCCAUUGAGUGAUAGUGAUGACUUGAGUUCAUUGGUAGAGCGCUUACAUAUUGAUGGAGGUGAGAAAUCUCAUCAUCGGCAUGCAUCGGGUAGAAAUAGGCAUGUGUCGGAAAAGAAAUUGGAAGAAAAGGCAAUAUCAAAUAAUAAGGAGUAUAAAUCGUUAGAGCGGCACCACAAAGAUGCAAAAAGCAGGUCCAAUUAUACACUUAUCAAAGCACCUCAAAAUGACGAGUAUUUCAAGCCUAUCUCAGUGAAGGAUCGAUCUUGGGGAAGACAGAAAAUAGAUGUGAAGCGAAUCAUGAACACCAGAAUAGGAACAAGUGUAGAGAACUCAGCAUUUGCAAAGUAUGCAAAAAGUGGGAAAGUGGUUGAACCAGAAAUUGAAGAGCCAGAUGAUGAAAGUGUGUUAGGAGGGGGCUUUUUGGACAAACCAGGUAAGACGAAAACAGAAAAACAGUUGGCUGUGCAUGUGAUGAGUAUGGCCGUAAAAGGAAAGAGGGCAAGAUUCAGAGAUAGGCAGCCAGUUCGACAGGAAGAAAGAUAUGUAAAGGGCUUAAAAGUGGAACUUUUGGAUCAUCAAGUGAGAGGAUUGCGAUAUUUUCUUCAGAGAGAGAAACUUGAGGGGCAUGUGUUCAGGGGUGGGCUAUUGUGCGAUGAUAUGGGAUUGGGCAAGACCAUCCAGAUGAUAUCGUUGAUAUUAUCGAAUCCUGCAUACAGGUUGGAUGAUUUAGAUGAUAUACGGCAGGCCUACAAACUGGACUGUAAAGAGAAGCUUUUUAACGGCACAAACAAGCAAGUAGACUUCAGCAAGUCUGUACGGAAGAUAAAGAGCACACUUAUCAUAUGUCCGGCAUCUUUACUGACUCAGUGGGAGCAGGAAAUCGGGCAGAAGACGAAUUUAACUUGCUAUUUGUACCACGGGGCGAAAAGAAUAAGAAACAUCGACAGAUUGGCAGAAUUCGAUGUUGUCAUAACGAGCUAUCAAACUUGCAUGUCAGAAUUCCAGUCAGGAACAUCCCCCUUGUACGAAUGCUAUUGGUGGAGGUUGAUCUUGGACGAGGCACACAUAAUCAAGAAUGUGAGUACAAAGACUGCCGGGGCAUGCUUCAACUUGAAGUCUCUGAGAAGAUGGUGUCUUACAGGUACACCCAUACAGAACAAUGUUUUGGAGUUGUGGUCUCUUUUGCACUUUUUGAGGGUGAACCGGUUUUGGAAGAUGACAGUUUGGGCAAGCGAGAUUGGCAAUGUGAUUGAUGUUUCCGACCGAAAGAAGGGGCUUUCUGUUUUAUUGAGGAUGUUAGACUAUUGCAUGAUCAGAAGGAACAAGGACGUACUUCAGAAUAAGUUCAAGCUUCCUCCAAAAAACAUGCAUCGGCUACUUUUGGAGCAGGAGCAGUUUGAGAGAAUAAUAUACAAGAAGCUCGAGGGGAAAGUGAUCGAGUCCAUAAUUGAUAAUGUGGUGAUGAAUGAUUCAAUGAACAUGGGGAAAUUGAGGUUGAUUGCACCCUUGAUGAAGGGAAGCUGUAAGUCCAGCAUGGAGCAGAAGAAUUCGUACAUGGUGGUGUUUGUGUAUCUCUUACGGUUGAGACAGGUCUGCUGUCAUUGGCGGACACUUUUCAUGUUAGAGCAAGGUGAAAAUUGCAAGAUGGCAUCUGUGAAUACGGCGGAAAGCUCAAAUGAGGAGAAUUUAAGUUCUCUUGAGGGGAAGAUUAGUGGAUUGGAGAUCGAUGGUAAUACGGAUGCGGCAUUUCCGGAAAUUGAGGAUAAGGAAACCGAGGAAUCAUCAUUGGCGUUGAUUACAGCCAAGAUGAGCUCAAUGAGCAUCAAGAAAGAGGCAGCAGUAUCGAAAAGUGACAAAGAAGUCUUGGAUAGGACCAGCAGACACUUGCAGAACAGUAGUGAAAAGUAUGCGGACCUUAUGCAGUGCGUGAAGGUGAAGAAAGUCCUUGAGAUUCUUGAAAAAGACCGUAAGAGGAAGACGAUCAUCUUCUCCGAGUUCACCUCUGUGCUCAAGAUUCUCAGCAUCAUCCUUUAUGAAAAAGGUUUUGGCUGUCUCUCAUACAACGGAUCUAUGAGCAAGACAGAAAAGCAGGAAACCUUAGAGCGGUUGAAGACGAAUCCGAAGUAUACGGUGUUACUUUGCUCGUUGAAGUGUGGAUCGCUUGGAUUAAACCUUACUUUCUGCAGCCAGGUGAUCCUUUAUGAGCCAUUUUGGAACCCAGCUGUUGGAGCCCAAGCCAUCGACCGAGUUUACAGAAUCGGGCAGACCAAGCCUGUAGAUGUUUGGGAGUUUUUUGUGAAGAAUAGUGUGGAGCAGCGGAUCAGAGAUCUUCAGGAUAAGAAGAGGAAUAUAGCUAAAGCCGUGACCGAUCGGGAUCAGGAUGCUAUUAUGAGCAUGCUGGGUAGCAAACUCAGCAAGAAGGAGAUCAUGCAGCUAGUUGGGGCUGUAGAAGAUGAGAGGGCUACAAAUUAG